UUCCGAUCCAGGAGCGUCAAGGAUCCCCUUCAGAUCGGUGAGCACUUCUUCGGCAUCGAGCCAGACUUCGAACCCCUAGUCUGAAAUGUUUUCACCUGAGUGCCAGCGUCAACGCGCUGCUGAUGCCCACUUCCAACGGUGUGAAGGCGCAGUUCAACGUGGCCGUCACUUUUGACAGAAGGAGGAUCACAUCUUGCAACUGCACUUGCUCCUCCACCGCGUAUUGGUGCUCGCACGUCGUCGCGGUUUGCUUGCACAGGAUACACAUGCCAACACAAGUAUGCCUGAGAGCACCCGUGAGCGAAUCCCUGUCGCGGCUGCACCGAGAACAACUGCAGAAAUUCGCUCAGUAUCUGAUCAGCGAGUUGCCCCAACAGAUUCUGCCCACAGCCCAGCGGCUCUUGGACGAGCUCCUUUCGGCUCAGCCAAGUGCCAUCAACAGCUACUGCGGAGCUCCGGACCCUACGGCAGGUGCCUCUGCUCACGACCAAACAUCCUGGUACUUGGACGAGAAGACUCUGCACGGCAACAUCAAGAAGAUCCUCAUCAAGUUCUGCGUCCCAGCGCCGAUGGUCUUCAGCGACGUGAACUGUCUGAGCACGACGGCGCCUCCAGCUGCAGCGGAAUGGUCCUCUUUGCUGAGGCCUCUGAGGGGUCGAGAGCCGGAGGGGAUGUGGAACCUGCUGUCCAUCGUGCGAGAGAUGUUCAAGAGGACCGACAGAAACGCCAUCCCUCUGCUGGAGAUCAUCACCGAGGAGUGCAUGGCCUGCGAGCAGAUCUUGAUCUGGUGGUUCAACACGAAGGUCGCUCUGUUGAACGGUACCGGUCACGGUGGCGGCAAACACGGGAACAUGAACAGCAAUGCCCACGCAUCGCAACACGCUUGUUCGUCCCUUUGCGACGAGAUCGUCGUUUUGUGGAGGUUGGCAGCCCUGAAUCCCGGGUUGUCUCCAUCGGAGAGAGAGAUGCUCCACGGACAGUUCACCGCCUGGCAUAUGAAGAUAACCGACAAGGUAUCCAAGAGUCGCGGCAGCUCGGUGUCCCACAACUCGCACAAUCGCAACAACGGUAGCAGCCAGAAUUCCCUGAAAACGGAUCUGGAGGUGUUCACCGGGUUCAAGCCAGCCCUCGAGGCUUGUUACCUCGAUUGGGAGGAGUACACGUUACCUGGGAUCACCUACACCGCGAGCAGCAAUCCCAUGUACUACUGUCCAUUCACGUGCUUCAGGCACGCAGGGGAUGCCAGGACGGAGGUCAAUCAGGUGAACUCGAGCCCGGCGGUGUUAAAUUGCCAGCCACCGACGUCCCAUCACCACGGAAGACGUCCGCUAAGUCUGGGAUUAGCCGAAUUUAGUUACAUGGAUCGGCGGAGGCUGAACCGCCGAGAAUUCCCAGGACUCUGCGCGAGGAGCGGAGGUGACGGGAAUCGCAGCAGCAUCAGCUCCGAGGGAUUCUGCGAGAACGACGUCGACAUGCCGGACAUCCCGGAGCCUCAGAUGCUGUUGGUCAGACGAGUGUGCGGUCAGCUGAGCAACUGCGGUGACACCGACUCUCAGGAGGGCGGUGGGAGCGAGUCGUCGUCCCACAGCAAUGGCAGCUUGAAGAACGUUCAAGCAGCGGAGAAGCAUCGAUCCAACGCCUCGUCCGAGUCUCACAGCGAUAGUAGCGAAAGUAGCAAUAACAAGGCUGUCGAGUCCAAGAGAAGGGCGAGCAUGGUGGAGUAUCGCGACCCUGGGGUCAGCACUUCGCGAUCGGUACUGACCAAGACCAGCGCCAAGAGCAAGAACGAGUCCGACCAAGAGAAGGACCCCUCCAGGAGGCUCUCGAAGGACGAGAGCUCGUCCUCCAGCAGCGACAGUCCAUCCGGGGACGAGUACAACGUGUACUACUACGACCCGAAAGCUGCCGUGGGAGCAGAAAACAGCGGAAACAAGGACGCGAAAGGCGAGAGUCUGGGAGCUGCUGCCACUGCAAAUGCUAGCGCCGUUUUAGGAAAUCUCAAAAAGGCCGAAGAUCCUUGGGAUAUCCUGUUCGCGAGGGCCGAAGGACUCUACGCGCACGGACACACCAGAGAGGCCUGCAUCCUUGGGAUCCAACUCGCCGAAGAGCUUCUCGCCAACCCUCCGGAUCUGAUGAUCGAAGUGCCUCCUAUGCCGGCGAAGGGAAAAAGAAAAAAGCAACAAGUGAAUCCGGCCUCUCACCAGCUUACGUGUUUGGCUUCGGCUACUUUAGCUAAAUGCGGAUUUCUCUGCACGGUUCUGGCAGAAAAUCCGGAACAUCAUAAUUUAGCGUUCCGAGUUGGACUUUUCGGUCUCGAGAUGGCGAGACCGCCGGCUAGCACGAAGCCUUUGGAGGUUAAAUUAGCGCAUCAAGAGAGCGAGCUGGUCGGCUUGUUGAAAAGAAUACCUUUGGGUCCUGCGGAAUUGGCGAUGGUGAAGCAUCGAGCAGAGCAAUUAAAGGACGGAGUAUUACGUUCCAGAGGUCAUGCUCUCCUGCCGAUCAUGCUAGCCAGCUUCAUAUUCGAUGCCCUCAAUUCAAUUAGAUCGAAACUGUCCACAGACGUCGACGAGAACCUGGGAUUCGACGCAGCGGUUGCAACAUUGGGAUUGAAGGCUAAUGUUAGUGAAGCGGAUCAUCCUCUUCUUUGCGAGGGAACUCGUCGACAAAGAGGAGAUUUGGCGAUAACUCUUUUAGUACACUAUAAAGAUGAGCCCAUGAAGGUAGCGAGGAUAAUGGAUAAACUCCUAGAUCGGGAUGUUCAUCAACUGAUAAAAUCUCCGAUUCUAAGUAGCUAUUACAGCUCUAAUCCUCCUACCAAGAGUCAGUUGGCUGGCUUGCGACGCGAGGAAGCUUGUUCUUCACCUUUAACGGGCACAGAAGCAGGAAAUGGUGACAAUGUCGUUGGUGUAAGUAGCAGACCUCACAGUAGCACCAGUGCAGAGCUCGAGAAUGGAAUGAAUACGCUUACCAUUCAGCCCCAACCAGCACAACCACCAGUGCCCACGAGAACCAAGGAAACGAGGUACAAGAGCAAACGAAUGUAUCCAUCGAUUCCCAAUCAGCCUUCCGAAGCAGGGGCUCACUUUAUGUGCGAAUUAGCUAAGACGGUGUUGAUAAAAGCUGGGGGCAAUAGCGCCACGUCCUUGUUCACUCAAGCAUCGACUAGCCAAAACCACCUUGGUCCUCACAGGGCACUUCACAUGUGCGCCUUUCAGCUGGGCCUUUAUGCUUUGGGCUUGCAUAACUGCGUUAGCGCGAACUGGCUGAGCAGAACGUAUUCGAGCCACGUCUCUUGGAUAACUGGUCAAGCCAUGGAAAUCGGUGCACCGGCUAUUUGGUUUCUGAUCGAUAGUUGGGAGGGUCACUUAACUCCACCGGAAGCAGCGAGCAUCGCCGAUAAAUCGUCCCGAGGGAGUGAUCACAACAUGGUCAGAGCGGCUGCCGAACUCGCCUUGUCCUGCUUGCCGCAUGCUCAAGCUCUCAAUCCGAACGAAAUCCAGAGGGCGAUCUCACAGUGCAAGGAGCAAAGCGAGCUCAUGCUGGAAAAGGCUUGCAUCACAGUGGAGACCACCGCAAAGGGAGGUGGCGUCUAUCCGGAAGUGCUUUUCCAGGUAGCGAAGUAUUGGUACGAGCUGUACUUAAGGCAUACUCCUGGAGGAGAACAGCAGGAUGAGAUUCCACACGAUCAACUUCAGCUGGAUCCUAAUGGAUCACUUUUGGUAGAACCUGGUCCCCCGGUAGAUAUCACUCCCGGACGGAUGAUACCCGGGCCGGCUCAAACGGUCGUCGUGACCAGCACUCAACCUCCUCCUCAACCUUAUCCAACUCAUCCCGCGAUAACUACUUUGGCACCUUUAGGUGUUGGGAUGCCGUAUGCAGUUGGUCCGUACAGUUUCGUACAUCCUCAUCAUCCAAUCCCAGCCUUCGGAGGUCCCAUGCCGCCUCACAGAGUGUCAUUACCUCCUCCUCCCCCGCACAUGCAGAUGUACCAUGCAGCUUUUCCAGCACAUCCUGGACAUCCGCAGCAUCUGCAACAUCCUCACCAUUCCCCUCCGGUAACGCAGCCUCCUCCGGUUCCGCAGUACUACCCACCUCAACCGACCGUCACCACUGUAAAUGUUCAUCCCCCUCCAGGCACUCACCACAUGUUCACCAUGCAACAACCGAUACCCGUUAACGUGCAAGCAGGCGUUGCAGGACCAAUUCCUGGUCAGAACGGCUUACCAGGUCCUGCGUUGGUUCAGGCACAGCCGAUCAUAUCGACAGUCAGGGCUCAGCCUCAGGUAUUUGUGCACAGGCAAACCCAGUCGUUCAGUCCCCAACAACUUCGAGCUCUCGUAGCCGCUUACAGGGUCGGUAUGUUAGCUUUGGAGACCUUGUCACGUAGGGUGCAUGACGAUAGACCCCAGGCUAAGUACGCGAGGAAUCCGCCCUAUGGAGAAGACAUUAAAUGGUUGUUGAGGGUCUCGAAACGCCUCGGUACACAAUAUCUUCACCAGCUAUGCAUCUGCGCCGUCAAUAGUAUCGUCAGUCCUUUCGUGCUGCACGAUGUAGCGUUAGAAGCUGCGCACUACCUCGCCAGAAGCAAUCCAGCUCUCGUUCUUCAGCAUCUGAGAUCAGCCCUGUUGGCUCCUCUCGUGCACAAGUGCCAGCAAAUGUACAUUCAGUGUAUGCACCAGAAGUUGUAUCAUCUGAUGGCCGACGAUUAUGAGGAUUUUGCCAGCGUAGUAUGUGCAGCGCGGGCGGCCUUCCACAUCACCCCGGAAGGCCACACGCAGUUCAAGGAAUGGCUGCAGUCUAUUAAAAGAUCGCAGUCCUGCAACAAGGAUCUCUGGGCGAAAAUCAACGCGGCGCUUCAGCAGAACGGCAAAUGACACAGAGCGGAGCCAGGCGUGACGUGGCUCACUCCCCAUCCCCAUCUACCCCCGACGACCCUCGUUCUCCAGCAUCAGCACUCCUGUCAUCCGCAUCCGCAUCCACAUCAGCAUCCGCAUCCGCAGAGCGUCGUGUGCGUUCACGAGCUGGCUACCCUUAAUAAGCUCGCCUGGGACAAGAUCUCCAUUCCGUGCGUUGUCGAAGAGCCGCACCGUCCUCAUUCGCGUCGAAUGCUCACCGGGCCUCCGCCAUCGCUGCGCCCGGAAGCCAUUGACAACCCGAACUCUCGGGAACCCAAUCCCAGGGACGAGCAGUUUAGUUGAUCGUGCUAACGUCGUAUCGUUGAAUUCGUAGUUCUCUAGAGGUGGGCUUUUGACGAGCAGCGGAGAGAGACCGGUCCUCCAUCCAUUCGCUUGCUCCUGCACCCGGAAUAGACCAGGUCGAUACAUCCGAGGAAGAUGCGCCGAAAGUGGGUCUGUUGUAGCUCGACGAUUUGUUCCUUUUUUAGGGAUGCCGAAACCGGUAGCGACAGCGCCGAGGUGGAUCACCUCCGUGGAGACGACCCGAUCCCAUCGGUAAGGUCUGGCUCCCGAAUUAACAUCGCGUCAUUAUACGAAAUGGUGCCAUUAGACAUAGCUACUGAUUAAUGCGAGGGACCUAGGGACACGCGGGGAUGAUGGUAUUGGCAAGGAUACGAAAAGUGGGGGAAUAUCGAUGGGGAGAACGUGACUUCGCUCGAAGGGUACUCGUUUUUCUGGGGUUUGUGUCGAUAUAUUGCGCGACAUGAUGCGAUCGGUAACUCCGGGAACCGCGGGAAAACUGGGGAAUUGAGCCAAGAGUAAAAUCUGUUAUUAAGUUAAGUACUAGAUGACGCAAGUAGAUCGCUAUUGCUGGAAUUCCUGGAAUAGUUUGUAGCUGCUAACAGUGUAAGAGGUUGCCGGAAAGUUUUGAGCGGUAAUAAGAACUGUUGACUAUUCCCAUGAUAUUAAAUGCAACUACCGGUAUCCGUAAAAU